AUGGAAGACGCCAAUGACAUAAUAAAAGAAAUAAUAUACAGAUCAGCCGAUGAGUGCAACCACAACAAUGAAGAGCUUAACUUCCCUACCGUCAUGAAACACUACUAUGACGUGACGCGCAAGUACAGCACCACGAAGCAGCUGUCGGGGGAGAUCCUUAACAAGCUAGUCAUUAUCUGUAAAAAUAUAAUCGAGGAUAAAGUCGCUUGUGAGUACCCCCUGAGGGUGCACGACGAGGAGGAGGAGGAGCAGCAGCAGGAGGAGUAUGAGGAGGAAGAAGAGGAGGAAGACGCCGAGGGUGGAGAAGAGGCCGAGGAAGAGGCCGGGGGUGGAGAGGACGUGCAGGACGUGGCGCGAAGGGAUAGUAACCCCCUCAGCAUGCGGCAUGUCUUUUCCGCUUCGCAAGAUGUGACCCACUACAAACAGUACGAACCGUGCGAUCGUUACGACUGCUUGCCGGCUGGGGGGGAAUCCGUCGAGGUGUGCCGCGUGCGGCCCCGGCGUACGCGAGCCUCGCGUGAGGAGGCCACACCCUACAGGGAGGGCAUUCCGUACGAGCAAUGCUUCCCCUACAGGGAGGGCAUUCCGUACGAGCAAUGCUUCCCCUAUAGGGAGGGCAUCCCGUACCAGCAGUACUUCCCCUACGGGGAGGGCAUCCCGAACGAGCAAUGCUUUCCCUACGAGGAGGGCAUCCCGUAUGAGCAAUGCCUCCCUUACGGGGAGGGAGUCCCCCUUGAGCAGCGCAGCCCCUACGGGCCCCUCAAAAUGACUACCCUGAGGAGGAAGGGGCCCGCGGAGGAAACCACGUGCAUAUGUGAAGUGAGUCCACCGAGCAAGUUGAGCAUCGUGGCGCUGGAGAGCAAGCAGGCAGGGAGGAGCAGCGCCACGAAGGGGAGAACAAUGAAGGGCGGGACGAUGAUGGGAGGAACGAUGAAGGGCGGAACGAUGAAGAGCGGAACGAUGAAGAGCGGAAUGACGAAGGGCGGAAUGACGAAGGGCGGAAUGACGAAGGGCGGAAUGACGAAGGGCGGAAUGACGAAGGGCGGAAUGACGAAGGGCGGAAUGACGAAGAGCAGAACGACGCAGAACAAACUCAAGGGUAACCCCAUGAGCAAUGUGAGGAGCCUGUGUAACGUGGGAACAAGGAGCAGCGCCGACCCGAAGCAAAACGAAAAAUCAUUCAUGCACAGGAAUAACCGAAAUUUGCUGAAAAUUUAUUUAAAUGGAGAUUUAUUGUGCAACUUGUAUGACAAGCUUAGCAAGAAGGUGAAGUGGGGGAUCGGCAAUGGUACGAUGGAGAUGACGAGUAUCCAGAAAAAAGUAACAUUAUACAAUGAGGGGAACGUGUUCUUUACAUACAAAACACUGAAGACGUUUCAAAGACACUGGGUCUGCUAUGCGAGGAAGAAGAAGGAGCUGAGGAACAGAGCAGCCAAACAUAGAAAAGUCUACACGAGAAAGAUACUCGCCAAAUUCUACGACCUAUGGCUCUAUCGAAAUGAGAAAAAAAUUUACGUCAAAGGAGUCUUCGAAAAACUGGUGGAAAAGAGGAAGAAGAACCUUCUCCGAAAACAGUACAAUUCGAUACAAAGAAGAAACACAGUUUAAAUGCAUAGCUACUUCGUUAAUCGAGUGAAGAAACGAACUGUGUUGAGCUGGAUGGACUAUGUGCGCGUCUACAGGAGGGACAUCCUUCACUACUACCAUUUUAACGACCAAGGGAAUUUAUUCGUCCUCUUUAUGUUGAAGACUCUCCUACACUGUCGAUCUCUCUCUCCAGAAACCAGCGGAAAAACUCUCCUUGAUAUUGUCAAUUUUUCAAACAUAAAUUUUAACCUGAACAACUUUGUCUUCAUUCAUAAGAAGUACCUCGUGGGGAAGGGUCUCCUUCCGAACGUAGGCACUCUCUACGACAACGCCAUGUUUGUGUACAGGUCCCUUAACAUCAUUUCUUCGUUCGUGCCCGCUCCCUUCUCCGUCAGCCUGCGCAAGCUGCGCCACAACCUGCCCUACCUCUGCUUCGCGCUCAAGAUGGCAAUUUACAAACGCGUCGUGAACACCUGGCGCAACGAAUGCAUGCGCGUUAAGCGGUUCCGGGCGGAGUGCAGAAUGAAGCUUCAAAGGGGCUGUCUCUCCCGUCUGAGGGGUCUCGUGAAGAAGAAGAAAGCCCUCCAGGAGGCGAAAAAAAAGUACGACCAGGAAAGGAAGGUCAAAAUGAAAAGCAAAAUUUUUUCCACCUGGCUGUCCCUCCGAAUGAAGUACUACACCUUCCGCAAAAAGUUUCAAUAUUAUGGCCUCCGAAAUAGGGAAAAAAAAAUGAAAAAAAUUAUACAAGGAUGGAUAAGUAUAAGUAGGGAAAAGAGGGAAAAAAAAAAAAAUUCUGCUCUUCUUCAAAUCGGUAUUGAUGAGAAAGAAGAAGAAGCAUUUCGACUAAAGAGGAAAAAAAAAGUUAAGGAGAAAAUUGCAAAGCUGUACUAUGUGCGCAAAUACAAGAGCAGGGCAUUCAAGGCUCUCUUCGUGUACUCUAAGAACAUACUUUUCUUUAAUGCACUGAAUAAAAUUGCGGAGUCGUACUUAAAGCAGACGUGCGUUCGAAGGUGGAGACACCUGACAAGGGCAUUCCUGGACAGGCGCCAGGAAAUGAGGGCUGCACUCGACCAGCUGGACUUGAACGUGAAGCGCCGAUUUUUCAACAUUUUCUUUGUCUACCGUCUGCAGACGAAGCACCUCACGGAGAAAUUCCUGAACCAAUGGAAGAGCUACGUUCAAAUACGAAAGAACAAGGAGGCGUUUCUCUCCAAUAUGAUCAGCCUCUUCAACAGGAAGAAGAAGCUGAAGGUCAUUAGCAAGUGGUACACUCGCUUCAUACUGAACGUGCGCUUUAAGGAGACGGAAAGAAUCCUGUCGAGGAAGGUGUGCCUGGUUUACUUCGCGGGUCUGUUGCUCUACAGCCAGAAGAUGAAGCGGGUGGAGAUUUUCCUGAGGAACCGAACCAACGUGGUGACCUGCCAGAAAAUGCUGAAGAAAUGGAGGAGACAAGCCAAACUGGAGAUAAAGAAGAAAAAAAUAAUCGAGAGGAGAUUAGAAGCGACCAAGUGUAAAUACUACACAAAGUGGAAGAACAAGUACCAAAAAGUAAGGGAGAAAAAAAAAGAAGAAAUUAAAAUACAAUUAAUUAGGCAUAUAGGAAAUAUCAACACCCUACGAAAGGUGAUCCACCUGUGGAGAAUCAAAAGCGAACAGUCUAAACAUAUUAAGCGUCUUAUCCAUGCGAUGACUACAUUCGUAAUUAAAAAAAGCAAGAGUGAAGCGUUUGUCGCAGUGUAUAGAUGUAGUCACUACUACGUCAACAUACAAGUGACGCUUGCCAACUUUUUAGUAGAAAAAAAAGACAGAAUGAAAAGAAAAAUUUGGGAUAUUUUAAAACGUAAUUGGAGCAACCGAGUUAGGAAUAGAAAGGCCACACACUUCUUGUGUUCGAUCUUAAAAUCGAGAGCUUUCUCAGCUUUACAGCUACAUCGAGAGAGACAAAGUGCAUUCAGGAGGGGGUACCACCUGGUCACUCUGAAUCGGAAAAGAAAGUACUUCAACGCCAUGCUCCACUUUUUUGAGUUUAUCAAAAGGGCCAAAUUCAGUUUUUAUUCCAUUAGGCUUAAUGGGGAGAGUAGACUGCGGCGUCAUUUCUUCCUCGUCUGGAUGGCCUUCCUGACGAAGCGCAAACAAGAGAGGAAAACCGCCCGCAUAAUACAGAGACAAAGGGCGAACAGAAUAAAGGGAGCCAUCUUUUUUCAAAUUAAGAGAAGGCUCAACAGGAAGAGGUACCUCAUGCUUCUUCUACACAGAAUGGAUGAGCUCAUCAAACUGAGGAUGUAUCACCAGGGUGUUUACAAAAUCAGAGCCAACAGAAAAAUCAUGACCAUACGAGAGAAAAUCCUAUCAAAGAUGCAAAAAGACAAACAUGAGAAAACGAUGAGGAAAACCUUCAAAGCAUUCAAGGACAGACUAGCCAAAAGGAAAAGAACCCAAAUGGAAAAGGACUUAAUCAACAGCUUCUAUCCCAAAUUGAUUAAGACAAAAUAUUUUCGUCUCAUUUGUCAGCGGGCAUUCGAUUUGUCCACAAGGAGAGAUGCAAUCCUGAGGAGAGCAGAUGCGAACCAUGUGUUUCACUCUCGAAAGAGUAAUUUCCUUUCUUGGAAAGCUUUCGUGAAGAAGAAAAAACUACACAAGGAGCUUUACAAUGCGGUGAAGUUACAGAAGAAAGCUCGUGUCUUCAUUACGCUGCUACACGUGAGGGCUCAAAAUUGUUAUUAUAAGGUAUCCCUAGUGCACAGGAUACACGCGCUGGUUUACUCCCCAUGGUGUAGCAUGCCAGCAUUUGAGGAGAUCCUCGAUUGUGGAAGCGCCACCCUGAGAGUGGACCCCAAAGGGAGGAAUUACAGCUGCGCGGGGGGGUACACAGGAGAGUAUCCGCGCAGUUACAAUGGAGGGGAUGCAUCCGAGUUGAACCUCACAUCUGGAGGAAGUGGUGGAACCGAUGAAAGUGACAGGCGAGGCGAAAGUUGCAGACGAAUCCAACGUGACGGACGAAGCCAACGGAACGACAACAUCGCUGGUGACGUAACCAUGGGAGAGCGGCGAACAGGAUGGAACACACACCAACAGGUUAACACCCUCAUUGCGAUGAACCGAAUGCAUAUACAGAUCGGACGGAGAGAAAGGAAAAACUACCCCUGCAGGGGAAAACGAGCCAAGAGAAAGAACAACCAUUUUUACAGCUACCAAAAGGUGUGCUACUCUCUAAAAAACAGCGCCAUGAACAGGCUAAUAAUUUUGUACCUUCUCAUGUGCGACCUGCACGACAUCAGCACCUUUUUCGAGCACUUCAAGAAAAAAUUUAAUUUUUUGUAUCACUUUUUUUUCAACUUCCUGUCCCUCAAAACGAAGAAGUUCUUAUUGAAGGUUUUAAAAAGCAAUCGGAGUUUUAGUUUUUGCCAAGCUUUUCAUACAAAGGAUGCUGAUUUGAAUGCCAACUUUAAACUGUUGCUGCUGAUUUAUUACCUGCUGGGGGGGUCUGUUUCCCCUGGGGGGGGUUCACACGAAAGCAGGGCUCUCCUCAUUUUCGACGCGACGCGUGCCUUCCUCGGAGGGGCGCAGAAAGGGGUGGGAGUGGAUACUGCAGAUACGGCGGAGAAGGCGACCAAAGCUUCAAACACGGCUAAUCAGACGCACAGAGCAGACGAGCCAUGCACCCCAGGGGGAGGCAGAUCCUCAACUGCAAGCAGCAGCGAGGGAGACACGUCCCUCUCCUCGCACAGCUCGCGAAGUUGGGCCUCCUCCAUGGGAAUGAACACCCCCAUGAAGCGCACCCCCCAGCUGAGGCGCCUAACGAGCGACGCCCUGCAAAGAAACAUGCUCCAUUUUGUUAAAGCCUUAAAGAGUAGCAUAGCAACCCGUUUUAGGGAAACCACCCUGAGUAUGCAAUUCUCCCUAAUGUGCUGCAUAGGUAGAGACAAGCUAAUCCAAGUGCACCUAUUCUUUAGCAGACUGAAGAAGUCCACGCAGUGGUGGAAGCAGUACAGUCGAGUGAAGAGCCAACAUAAGAAGGAGGACAACAAAAGAGUAGCCACCUUGGAGAAAAAAAACGAACUUUUAGAAAAAUUCUUUGGUAUAUGGGUCCUAUCCUUCAACUGGAAGGUCAAAGAAAUAAAAAAUAAAAGAAAGCAAGUUUUGAAGAAACACAUCCGAUUGUUAUUUUCCUACUGGCAUGGACUAAUCAAAGUGGGGAACUACAAUAAGGAGAGGUUUUUUAAACUGAAGGAGCAAGUGGAGAGGAGGGUGAUGAAGGAUUAUCUAGAUAGGUUAAUAUCUGUUCAUAUUUCGAAAAAGAGUGAAAGAAGAAACUUUGCCGUAGUAAUGAAACACAGUAAUGAAAAGAGAAAAAAAACCUUUUUCUAUGUAUGGUUGUUACUCUACCGAUAUGAACAGAAGGGAUGUCUGGUACGCUCUCGUAUGCAAAGGAGAGUACUCAGAUGCCACUUCGACUCCUGGCUUGGCAUCUACGCGAAGAAGCAGAUAUAUCUACUCCUCAUUCGCACACUGAAUGAGCAUUUAUUCAAGAAAAUCUUCUCCCACGUGGUGCACAGAUUUAAGUAUUACAGUUUUAUUAAAAGGAGAGCGAUCUCCAUGAUGAAGAAGUGCCUCCUCGUGCACUACAAUCUAGUUAAACGAAACAUAGCGAUUGGUAAGCUGCAGAUUUACAUAUGUGCAUCCGUCCGGUUUACCCAAAUGAAGCAUCUGUUUGGACUAUGGAGUGAAAAGUACAGGAAGAGAAAAAACUGUAGAGAAAGCUACCGCAUCGUUAUGGAAAAAAAAAAACGUGUCUUUUUCCACGAGUGGGUAAAACACUUCCUCGACAAUAGCAAACUACAUGAUGAGAAAAUAAAAAAAUGGAACUCCUUUUUUGUAAAGAGAUUCUUCUCCAAAUGGUUGACGUAUCAUCAUUACAAGAAGGUAAAAAGAAGGAGAAAAAAAAAUACCUUGCAAUUUUUUUUUCGACAUUUGAGGAGAACAUUCCAGAUGAGAGUCUCACUUAGGGAAUACAUUACAAAGGCACACCUCGGAGUGAAGAAAAAAAUUUUUUCCAUUCUGAGGGAGAAUAAACUGAUGAGGGUCAACAAGAGACGGAUCUAUCUCUACUGUGAGCAGUUCUGGGGGAAGACCUUCUUAAGGAGGUACUACUUCCUGUGGGUCAAUCAUUACUUAAUGUGCAAACAUGUGAAGAGCGUGGUGUUCAGGAUGACCCUCGUGAGGAACACACACUUGCUGCGCGGCAGCCUGAACGGAUGGCUACUGCACACACAGAGGAGGAAACAACUGCAGGGAAUUUACAACGUAAUAAAGUUUGAGAGGAAUAAAGUAGUGCAAACUGUAUUCAACAGGUGGAGAAGUCUGUACCAGUUUGCCACUCAAAGGAGGAGAAGAUCCAUGCAAAAGUUUUUCCUCACGUGGGUUCAGAAUUUUAAGUUUUGUUUGUUCGUAAACCGAUUAAAUGUAUACGUGUGUAACAUCUACACGAGGAACAUCUUCUGCUUCUACUUCGAUUUGCGCAACAUGAGUGAGAAAUACAACCGCCUCGCACGUGGAUCCUUCCCCUUUGUGAAAAAACAAAUAGGUUAUGCUCUUGCCUGCAGAACGGAGUUGUUAUCCUCCGGAUUUAAUGCCCUCCACUUGUAUGCACGUCAUUGCAAAGAUAUGAGAAUCAAAUUAGAGACCUACAGAAAAGGACAGAAACACAAACUGAAGAAACGUCAUUUUGCUCUACUGCUAACUUACAAAAAAAAAAAAUGAAUGGUAGCUCGAGUGGUUACCUACUGGCAUGAACAGUCUCUCCUUGCGCGCCGAUUGGUGGACAAGGGUCAACAAUUCAAGCAAAAAUAUAAUCGUAAUGUUGUGAAGAAAUUUUUUUUCCUUCUCAUCUUUUCCAUUAACAAAAUAAAGAUAGAAAAAAAAAAUUUUGACAUUGUCCGCUUUAAGAGGGAGAAAAUAAUUAAACAUAAAAUUAUUAACUUCAUGCGGAGUAGGACCUUGACGGGUUCGAACAAAUUGGACCUCAUCGAUAAAACGAAGAAGAACCUCCGCAGAGCCCUCUUCGAUGCCCAACGGAGAAACGACGCCGCCCUCGCCAAAAAGUAUUUUUACUCCCUCAUUUUUAAGUACGUCACCAACGUGAACCACUACAAGUACUACUACUAUAAUAAGUACCUCUCCCUGUGGAAGUACUACGUGGUGAUGGGCGGCACGAGGCAGCAGCAGUCACGCGGCGGGGAGCAGCAACACGGCGAGGAGCAGUCACACGGCGGGGACACACUCAGGGGAGAAGCGCACCGAGGAGACCCGGACGAUGAGCUCUCCGAUGAGCUCUCCGGUAACCCCUCCGAUAACCUCUCCGGUAACCUAUCUGAUAACCCCUCCGGUAACCCCUCCGGUAACCCCUCCGAUAACCUAUCUGAUAACCUUUCUGAUAACCCCUCCGACAACCCCUCCGAGGACAGCAAAUCGGACGACUCCUCCGAAUACACCCUGACCUCCGCACUGGGCCUGCGCAAGGGAGACACGAAGGGGGGGAAAGGAGACCUCCAAGAAUAUGUCAACCUGGGCUCCAUUAACAGCUCCAUAGCGUCCUCCGAAACGAAGGAGGAAAGCGACACGUCGGACGUUGCUGCAGCGGAAGGAGCGAAGUUGUGA